AUUUCGUUUUCAGUGGACGCCAUAUUGGAAGUGUCUGGUAUUUCCCGCCUAAAGGCACAACAUUUUCAAUUUACACCGUAAAUUGAUAAAUUGGCGUUGUGACAUUUGAUCAUAUGAUCAGAAAUAUAUCAAUGUAACUACUACUGAAUGUAGCUCGUCUUCCAUCACGCGCCUUCAUUGCGAUGGUGCCCUUUUUGACGCUGGACUGUUGACCCUUCCUGCAUCGACGCAAUCAUGAACAGAUAGGAUCAUUGCUGCAAACUAAUUCAACUAACUACAACUUACAUAAAACCUUAGACUGCGGACAUCUCUAAGAAUCAACCAUGUUCUGGAAGUUCAAUAUAUUGACUUCCUCUCACAUUGACUCACUGCUUGACAAGGAGGAUGUUACAUUACGAGAGCUUAUGGAUGAAGAUGAUAUCCUUCAAGAAUGCAAAGCUCAGAACAGAAAGCUCAUCGAAUUCAUCAUCCAGCCAGAGAACAUGGAGGAGAUGGUGCAGCUCAUCACAAAAGAUCCUCCUGAUGAUGUGGACGAGAAAAUGAGAUUCAAGCCCGACACAUUGUGUUUCAGAUACCCCAACACUGCCUGCGAGGUGCUGACAUCAGACGUUACCCAAAUAAAUGACAAGUUGGCUGGGGAUGAAGCACUCAUAGAUAAACUUUAUGGUUUUCUUGAGGGGGAGAAACCGCUAAACCCAUUGCUCGCUAGCUUUUUCAGUAAAGUGAUGGGUUUAUUAAUUACACGGAAAAGUGAAAUGAUAUUUGAAUACCUGAAGAGUAAGAAGGACUUUGUGGGCAGUUUGUUAGAUCACAUCGGCACAUCAGCAAUAAUGGAUUUACUACUGCGAUUGAUCACCUGUAUAGAGCUACCAGAUGUACGCAGAGCUGUGAUAGAUUGGUUGAAUGACCAACAUGUGGUGGAGCGGCUUGUAGCUAGCAUAGUCCCGUCAACAGAUGAAGAUAUUCACUGCAAUGCAGCCCAGUCUCUCUGUGAUAUUGUACGUCUUGGAAGAGAACAAAUUAUUCAACUACAGGACUCCUCUGAUCCAGAUCCCUUGUUGGUUACAAUGGAACUAGAGGAAACUGUGGCACAGUUGUUAAAAAAUCUUCUCGACACUGAGAAGAAUGAAUCUGUGUUGGUGAAUGGGUUAUUUGUCAUACACACACUUCUAGAGGUUCGAAAGCAAGGGACCGAGGGAGCAGCUGAUCACAUGGCCGCUUUUGACACCGAACGUCUCACUCAGGGAGUCAAUAGUGUGUUGGCAGCAAUAAGUCCAAGGUUAAAAGACUUUCACCAACUCUUGCUAGAGCCACCAAAGCAACGUUUCUGUGCAAUGCCAACAACGUGUGGAACACUUGAACCCCCACUCGGCAACACACGUCUACAGAUAGCCAAACUGGUCACAGCUCUUGUAUCCACAAACACACACUCUGUCAAUGUAGAACUAGCCAAUCUCGGGACCACGAGAAUUCUACUGGAUCUCUAUUUUAAGUAUGUGUGGAACAAUUUCUUACACACACAAGUGGAGCAGUGUAUUAACACAAUACUCAGUAUCGUUCCAGUAGAAGUGGAAAACAAGAAAGAAAAUCCUCUCUUAGUUCAACUAUUUUCAGAUUGUAAAAUAAUUCAGAGAUUACUUGAUGAAUGGGAAGAAAAUGAGCAACAACAAGCCCGAGAAGGAGGUAGAAGGAGAGGUUUUAUGGGACAUUUAACAAAAAUGGCUAACACACUAGUAUCAAGUUUAGAAAAGGGCGAAAAUGCAGAAUUUGUCAAAGAUUGUUUUAAUGAAACACCAGAAGAAAGUCGACAGAGGUGGGAAACAUUUGUGUCUGGGACAUUAGCAGAAAUAAAUAAGAAGAACACAGUAGAAUUGAUACGAGGUCACCCAUUAGCCUCCAGCAGUGAAGAAGACGACGGUGAUUUCAAAGACAUUCCUUUCCCUCAGGACACUGCCAUGCAACAGGCCUUCUCUGAUUACCAGCUGCAACAGAUGACAAGCAACUUCAUAGACCAGUUUGGCUUUAAUGAAGAGGAAUUGAUAGAACAGGAGGAAAAGAUUGAUUCGCCUUUCAACGAGAGAAUAUCCAGUAUAGACUUCAAUAUUCGGGCAAACGAAGAAACGCAUCCAAGUUCCACCAUGUUCGAGCAGGCUGCGCAGGAGAAGAUCCAGCAGUUUGAUGAUGACAGUGAGGAGGACAUCUGGGAAGAGAAACCUAUUUCUUUUGACAAGACUGCUCAGCAAAACAGAUCAAGUAGGUUGUCAGGGGAGACAGCCCGCCAUGAUAGUUCAGAGGAGGACAGCACAGACAGCGAGGAAGAGAUCAACUCACCACAGAGGAUAACGCAGUGCCAACAAGCAGAGAAGAUGGAUGUGGAUGCUGGCUGGGCUAACUUUGAUGAUGUGCCAAUGGAGUCUGGUGAUGCUAUGGAGACAGGUGCUUCCUGGAGUCAGGACAGAUGGGCACAGCCAGCCAAAGCAGCAGAAGAAAAUGGAGAAAAUUGGGCAGACUUUUCUAGUAUGCCAAAUCAGUUCAAAGGACGUAUAAAUCCAAGAAGUUCGUCUCCAGUUGCCAUGGAUACAUCAGAAAACACAAGAGGUAGUGCUUAUGUGGUGCCUCAUGGGGGCAACAACCUUGAAGCUGAUCAGAAAUCACCACAUACUGACCUUGACCUUGAGGAUGUGGAGAAUGAAGAGCAGAAAACAGAUGCCAAAUCUUCAACUCCUAUUGCUUCUUCUCAGUCUCCACAAUCAUCAGAUAUCUCUCAGGACACUCCACCCCCUCCGCCUUCAACGAGUCCCCCACGUGAAAAUAAUAUUGAAGAAAGUGUUCAGUCACAAGAAACUUCCAAACCCACCCCAGAUAAGGUGAUAUCUGAAGGAACAAGCCCGGACAAGAGCAAACAAGAUGAUAGCUUUCUGGCAACCUCUGGUUUGAUCAAGUCCCCCAGUCCAUCCUCCCCCUCUCCCCAGAGUGCCACACAACCCCUAGCCACAGAGGCGGUGCAUGGUAAUGGACCCACACAAGAGCUAAACACGGAUAACGUAGAUACAACAAAAGUUGAAGAGGCGAGAGCAAUGGCCAAAGAAGCCCUAGAGAACUAUAACAAAGUUGUGCCCGAUUCCUCUUCCAGUGUACCCAAUGGCCCAGUUUGAGUCUGUGGCCCAAGUUAGAUAAAUAAGGAAACGAACACAUGCUAUGAGGCAGCUGCUUCUGUAUAUAAUGCCUUAUCAAAAACAGGGAUGCCUGUGAUAGCAGCCAGGCUUUUAACAGUUUUAAUCUUGUCUAUAAUGGCAAGCCAGUGUGUGUCCCAAUUCCCACCCAAACAACCAUGCGACGACUCUUGUAGACCCCUCAUUGACAAAUGGCCAGCUCAAAGGACUCGGAUUUUAACCUCCAGAUAAAACUUUGUUGGCGUCGUCAGUAUGAUUACAGAUGGGCAUACAGCACUUGUGAUUCCUGUGAUGUUUUAGUUGUGCUAGAAAGAGAUGCAGACAUUUGUUAGUUUUCAUUUGACAUCCAAGACUAGCAUCUGCCACAAUGCUUGUGAGAGAGUGAGUGAAUGAGUAAAAAGAGUGAGUGGAUGGGGGAGGGAGGACUGCCACGAUGCUGUCAUGGUGCUUUUUAGAUAUGAUAAACAGACCUCCCUGAUGCAGAUGCCGGAACUUGGUAUCGGCAUGGGCGACGACCACAGCAACAUCACACAGUCCAAGAGUUACCCUUCAAUACCAACGUUGGUUGAUGCACUCCGCACUGGCAGACCUAGUGGUGUUAACAUACCACACCAAGUCAACAUUGUUACAAACAAAGAUGUUCUGGUAAAAUUAUAUUCCCUAUGUUCUGCCAAUUUAUGCACUUUUAGAGCUCUCCCAAUAUGCAUAUCAACAAUGAUAUUAAUACUUGCAAAUCAUGUUUAAUGUAUGAUUCGCUUUAUGUAAUUCAUUUGGUUCUCCAUCUGUACAACUUCUUGGUAUGGAACACACUCUACUGCUUAUACAAGUGGUUCUGGAUUAGUUUCUCGUGUAGUAAGGAUGGUAUGCUUACUUUAUUUCACUAACUCUAGGUGGCAAUCUAUUAUGGUUUCGAUUAAAUCAAAAUGUAGCUGACAUUUGUUAUCCAUACAGAACCUUUUUUUAAAUCAUAUCAGAAAGUUUAUCUUUGCCAAAGUUUUGUGAUUCUCUGUUCCACAGCCAUAUUAUGUAUCUGCAUGCUUCGUGACAAACAAACUUACACACAUUAAAAGGUAAAAUUUUGUAAUGUCACUUAUUUAUUGCUGUAUGUUCUGUUGAGGGUGAAUUUAUACGUGCUCAGAAGAUGCAUUAAUCGAUAAUGGUAGCAAAGGAUAAUCCAUCAUCUAGAAGGACAUGUAUAUUUUAAUAUUCUAUUUAAUUCAGUUCACUUCAUGAAGCAUAAUUGCCAUAAUGCCUUUAGAAUUUUAGAAACAGCGCUCAAUCUCUAAUGUAAAGUUUGUGGAUCAUCUUGUGAGGGGCAGUUGAAUUGUGAUAUGUUUUACAUUGUAUCAGAUAGACAUUUUAUUUUUGUGAUUUUUGUCAACAACACCAAGACUCGGAUCACAUGCCUGUGUUAGGGGAGACAACUCUUUUUUUUUUCAAUGUGAUUAAGUCUGAAUAAUGUGUACAUUAUGGAGAUAAUCAUGGUCUGUACUUUGUGUUGUAUUUAAUAAUGCUCAGUAAUUGUCAGUCAGCUCAAGAUGGUAAUUGUCAUAAAGGUGUGAAAUUUCCAUCUUGAUGAAGAAUAUUUGUUAUGCUUAAAUCAUGAUCUCGUAUUUGCAUUUUAUAUUCUCUGGCACAUGUUUUAAUUUCACUUGAUAGACAGUUUUCCCUUUGCACACAAACUAGCAAUAUUUUAAGUGACUAUGUUAUUAAUUUAUUGAUUGUGUUUGAACAACACAUACGACACAUGUUCAUAACCAAAUGAUAUCAAUGUAAUAAGUGUUAUUUGCCAUGUUGGAAAUGUAACCAAACCAUCAUAAUGUCAUUUAUUUUCCCUCAGGUUUUCCUGUAAACAACAUUUGUAAUUCCAAUCCUUGUCAGUGAAAACUGGAACUAAUGUAUCGUUGACAAGUAUUUUCUGAAUUGAAACAAAUUUUGAAGUAUAUUGUGUUGACCUGUUGAAGUCACUAGAUUUUUUGGGGAUUUUUUUUUCACUUUUUCAUGAAACUACUGACAAACCUCAAAUAUUUUGAUUACUCCUGUUAAUUUUAUCUGUUUAUGAAUAUUAAAUUUUGCCAAUAAUUUUCUUCUUAGUAUUCAUGUUUGCAGAUUUUGGCACCCACUUCAGAAAAUGUUUCUGUGCCUUUGAAUCUUCCUAGAUAAUUUGAUUUUGAAAUGUUUUAUACCAAUGCCCUCACUCUGCUCAUAGAUAAUCAUUACUCAUGCAAGUGCUGAUCUGUAUAAUGUUGUAAAUAUUACUAAGUUUUAGAAGGAGAGUUUAUGUAAAAUACCUUACUUACAAUAUCCUAACAAAUUUGCAAGUUUCCAGUGGAACACUAGCUAGGUAAUUGUUUUGUGAUAUUUGUACAUACUGUUAUAUACAAGUCAGUGCAUUUUGUACAAGCAACAUGUAUUGGCUAUUAUUAUAAGCCAUGUAAUAGUCAAUCACGAAUGGUGAGUCAAUGUAUAGCUAAUUGAUGGGAAUUGUUUAAGUGGCAAUGUCUGUCUUUCCAUUUUUUCUUUUCUGUAUCUCCCACACAAGACUCCUUGCCAGGUUUUUUAAUGCAUCGUGAUAAAAUUUUCAGUUGAACUCUGUUCGUGCUAAAAACUUUUUCCGUUGAGCUGCCUCAGCAGUACAUGUGGAGACUUGAGACUUCCGCUGGGAUUGCUGUGUGAAAUAGGAUGGUUGUUAUAGUGUGCAUCACCAUCUUACAGCUUUGAAGUGCUCUUUAACAUCUAGCAACAUAUAACUAGCAACUGAAAUACCCCCAAGGUGCUGUCUUACAGUAUUGUCAUAUGAUUACUGUAAGUAUUGCAGUUUAUAUCUCUGUCAUAUUUAAAAACCUUGCUCUACAAUGACCUAUGGAUUGGCUAUUGGUUCUCAAUAUUCUUACCUACUGUAUGUGGAAGUGUAAAGUGAGUGAAAAAGGUUCACAACGAUCUAGUUAAUUCAUCUUGAUGUGUUUUGAAGAGGCUGUAAUGUAGAAUGAGCACACAGAGCUCACUUUGAAACAUUGUUGUGCUUACACACUAGAGGAGCAUCUUGCACAUGGUAUGGGUUAAUUUUUCAUAUUGUCAGGAAAUUAUAUGAAAAAUAGAAAUGUCUAAUAUUAAAAUAUGAAAUUGAAUCUUUGCUGAUGUUUUUGUAAUUUCUGUUCAGCCUUGAAGGAACAGCAAUGGCCAUAACUGUAUUUUAAGUGAUUCUUUGUGAGCUUUUGUGAAAGUCUCCGGUCUGGCUUGCCAUUCAUGUUGUACUGUCUGACAUCCCCUACAGUUUUCUACCUCACAGAACUCCCUGUGCAGUCUUCUCAACUAUGCUGUCAAUCACUCCAGAAAGCUGACAAGAACAUAUCUCUUAUGUUCUCAAAUUGCAAUACUCAUUAGGAACAAUUUCAACACCAGGUCUAAUUUAACACUUCAUUUAGUUUCUCAGGCAACUGUUGAAUUAACACAGGGUUCUUGAAGAAGAAAGCAAACGCUGGUAAAAUACCAAUAAACCUUUCUGUGAAUACAUUAAAAGAAGAGGAAAUCGUUUUCUUUGAUUCCCUUUUCAGUACAGGAACCGGCAGGUUGAAUAGUCCUUAGGCCCAAGCUUGUAGCUGUGGCAUAGUAAUCAUUACUCUUGGUCAGAGUUGCAUUUAGUCUAAGGAUCUACUGAAUGGUUGAAUUGGGAUUGUCUUCAUUCAGUAUGCUCAGACUGACUAAAGAUACAUGUAUCUCUUCCAUCACACACUUCAGUUUGACAAGCAUUUAUGGGGAGAGACAAGUAGUCCCUUUCCUUUUCACUAGUCAUUGGUUGAUAGUUUGAAGUAUUGCUGGCAUUACUCCCAAUAAGCAUCUUUCCUGAGGUAGGUCCUACUUGUUCUUCAGAUCACUGCAAGUGGAAAGACACUCCUUUUAUGUACGUAUACCUUCAAUAUCCAUAACUGAAUCUGUGAAUGUCUCGGUGUUCAACAAAAUUUCUAUUAGAAUGGCUGGUGUUCACUAAAUCAUUUCACGGGUAGAAGCAACUUCAUGGAUGUAUUGACACCAUCAGACAAUUUCUGUGACUUUCAAUACAAUGCUCAAAUUAACCUGAUAAGAGUCUUUAUAUUUAACUUUGAUCUCCGGUGAAAUUAUUCUUAGUUCACAUAUGUAUAACUGCAUCCUUAUGGCUGGGUCAAGCCGUUUGCUCCUCUAACUCAUUCCUCACUAACGUGCUGAUAAGGACUUCACAUACUCGACUAACUUUUAUGUAUCAGCAGCAACUAAGACAGUUUUUAGUUUGUUAAGUUAGUUUGUGAAUGUCAUUGUGGAUGUUGUAAUAUGGUAAACUGAUACAAAUCAAACUGCCUGCUACGUUUACUUGGCUAUGAUCUUGAUGUGACAAUUAACAGGGGGAAAUGUAGAGAAACGAGGUUUUGAUCUUCUAUUUUGAACAUUUGGCGUGUUGUCAUUUGCGAAAUGCAAAAUACAGAUGGAAAGAGGGUGCCACCUUUAUCUUUAUACAAGUAAGAACCUGUGAAAUAUUUGUGUGUGUGUUUUUCAUUAUUCAUAUUUGCAAAGGAAACCUUCCAUUUUCAGAAGUAUAAUUUUAGAGGCAGCAUUUGCCUUUGAGGAUGACACUCCGAAGGCAUUGAGAAUAUUUGAAAUUUAAGUAUGCUAGAUGAAUUAAAUCUGCUUUUCAACACCUGCAUAAAGGCAGAAAGCAUCGGACUUCAGCAUUAGGACUGAUUGCCCAGACAUACAAUGAUUGAUGGACUAGCCUUCUAUAUUUAUUUUUUAUUAAGUGAUGAACCCGAUAUCCUACAUUUUCCCCCAAUUAAAUCUGUCAGUCAAAAUAGCCACAAUGGAUCCAGUACCUGCUGUAGAUUAUGGGGCCCUGCCCCUCCUCACUGAUGUGUUGUUUUAUCGGCUGUUGUUCAGUGUUUGUUGUUCUGUCCUUCAUUGAUGUCUCCUUCACUCCUUUAUGUGUGGUACAGUGUCCACAGAUACAAUAGUAUUGUGGACCACCAGGAACAUCUCAAACUUUCAGAUUCAUGUCAAUUCUGAAACUUAUCUGUCCUAAUAUAUCUUAUUACCACCGUUUAUCAGUUGCCUGAUCAAGUUCUUUUUAGUUUUGUGCUUAAAUGCUUGUGUUUCCCAGAGCUGGUGUUCUAAGCGUGGUGUGCAUUUAUGAGCUGUUGUAUGAUUAGUGUGGGAUGUUUUUACUUAUGUCGAGUUUCUAAUCAAAUUACAACAAUGUGGAUCUUCGCUCAAGAAAAUUCUUUUGAAAUGUUCAUAUGGAGUACUUCAGUCAAGUAGUAUAAGAUUAUGCUGAAGUAAUUGUCCAACAUGAUGAGCGAUUUUGGUUUUGACCUUAAAAUUUGGGACCAAACUUUCCAGUAAUGCUACAAAACAAACCUCAGCAUUUUAGAAUGAAUAUGCAAGUUGAACAAUAUAACUAAGCUUAUGUCUUGACUGGCAGUGAAAGUAACAUGCUAUUUUAUUUGAGUACAUGAAUAGUGAAAAAUUGGCAACUUGUGGUUCAUUUCCACCUUUGUCCAUGGAAGUCGCCUUCCAUAGUAAAGUCCAGUUUUCCCCCAUCCACAGAUCAACAUUCUUUCAUUGUAUUUUUUAGACAUUUGUUUCCAUCCCGUGGGAAACUUGAACCUUUUAGACAUGUGAUUUUUAGAUGUAAAUAUUCCAGAUGUACAGAUGUAUAAUUGAUUUAUUUCAUUGGAGACAUAUCUGUGUUUAUGGAAAUGCAUUAGACAUAUAACGACAUUGAUAUGUGCCAAAAUCUAGUUGCUUUAAGUUUUCGUUUCGACUCAAAAGCUAUAUAUCUAUUUUAUGAAGAAGACAUGAAGCCGUCUCCAUGUUGAUAAUUGAGAUCUAGGAUAUGCAGUUAAUGAACUUCCUACCUUGCCCAGGUAAAUCGCAUCCCGAGCCCUGCUGUUGUUAAUGUAUGCAGAAUAAUGAUAUUGUAUAGAUACAUAUAUAUUAAAAUACUGUACAGAGGUGUACAGUGGUUCACAGUAAGUUCAUUGUAAGUCAUAAUAACUAAUUUUCUAUGUGAAGAGAUGUGUAUUUUAGGGUGAAGGUAGAGGCAUGCUCUCGCAGUGCUGCAUGAAAAAAAAACUUCGUAGUUUGUGACAAUGACUUUGUGUACAGAAUCAUUUGUGUAUUCCCUAACAGUGCAGGGUGUGAGAUACAGAGACAAAGGCUGUUGAUUGACAGUAUUUAUAAAUAAAUUAUAAAAAUUGA